GAUUGUUCAUCGUUUGAAGUUUCUUCAGGGAAGGCGAUUACUAAAGGACCUGAUCGUCAUGGAGACAACAUGGUGGAUCAGCUUCCUGACCGCACAGUUAAGCUACGUAUAGUUUCUUUCUGUCCGCUAUGAAGAUGUGAUCAGUGGAGAACCAUGCCGUGAUGGAACUGUUUGGAAGACCCACAAUUGCAGAAGACUCUGUCCAAUAUCAGCUAUUUUUAAUAGCAGCUGAACCUGCAGAGCCUGAGGAAAGGAGGACUAUUCUGCAGCAUUAUGUUGAAUGGAUUCUGGCUCGAUUUGCGCCACUUUUAGUUCAGUAUAUUUGGCAAUAUCAGCCUUUUAACAUUAGCUACGUUCCAGAGAAAGAGGAUGUACCAGCACAUAUUGGAGGCUCUACAAACUUUGGUGAUAAUGUAGAAGAUGAAUGGUUCAUUGUAUACCUGGUGCAAGAGAUCACAAAAGAAUUUCCCAAGCUUGUGGCAAAAAUAGAAGACAAUGAUGGGGAGUUCCUUUUGAUCGAAGCAGCUGAAUAUCUACCUAAAUGGCUGAAUCCAGAGAGUAGUAACAACCGGGUGUUUAUUUUUCAGGGUGAAUUACAUAUAAUUCCAGUUCCUAAAACUGAAGAUGAAAGAUUGUGGCUAUCUGAAGGAAAUCCUUCAAUCCUUCAGGCACUGAAAAUUAUUGCCAGUCAUUCAGAAGAAUGUCUUGCAACAGAAACUAUCCGCAGUUCAGUGGCCAGACGGAUUGCAGGAUACCCACAGAAGAUCCAGUCCAACUUUCAUCAUGCUCACUGCUACUUACCGGCAGGUAUUGUUUCUGUUCUCAAGAUCCGCCCUGACCUUGUUGCUUCAGCUAUAACUGCCUUCUACCUGAGAGAUCCAAUAGAUCUUGAAGCCUGUCGUACUUUCAGAUUCUUUACUCCUGAAACACGUGUGAUGGCUAUGGUGACAUUUACUAAGUGUCUUUAUGCACAAUUGCAGCAGCAGAGGUUCAUCCCAGAUAAACGAAGUGGCUUCACGUUGCUUCCACGUUCACACCCUAAGUUUAAAUCCCAUGAACUUGGAAUGAAAUUGGCACAUGGAUUUGAGAUACUUUGUUCCAAAUGUGUAAGGGGAACGUCUGAGAGUAGCACACCUAUUAGUAAUAAUCACCUUUGGAAAGGAUUUUUAGAUAGCCUGAAGAAAAAUGACUAUUUUAAAGGACAACUUGAAGGAUCUGAAAAGUUUCAAGAACUAAUUAGAAAAGCUGAAGUUUUCUUCCAGCAGUUUAUAUCUAAACCACACAAUGUUCUGUCUCCCGGAGAAGAAAUACUGCAGUUACUGGAGAGUAACCCCUACAACAUAGAGGAAAUGAGAACUAAUCAAUCACAUCUUCCAGCUGAAGACAGUGACAGCUGGUUGGAAAUAUCGCCUGAAGAGCUGGAUAGACUUCUAGAGCAGGCCUCAUGUUCAUCUGCUCAAAGACCAGUGGUACAAGCAGGACUAGAGGAUGAUGAGGUGGCUGAAGCUUACAGCCUAUCUGCCAUCCCACAGAGCAUGAAGGCCUUCAUUAACAAGAUGUCUACUCAUGAGGGGGCUGAAGUGCCCUGGUCAUCUACCAAUGAACAGAUCAAACUGGAUGGAAACUCAAUGGCUAAUGCAAUUAAACAGAUUCUAGGAUUUUCUAGCAGAGGGGAAGAUGAACUGGAUUCAGAUGAUUUUGAGGAUGAAGAUGAUGAAGAUCUCCUGGACAGUGACGGUGAUGGAGGUGCUGAUCUUGGCCCCGUUAGUAUGGAUGCAAAUGCUGUGGGUAAUCUCAAGGUGUACAUGGAUGAGAUGGAUCGAGAGCUGGCUGGAACUAACAUUGCAAAGAGUUUCACAACUCGCACGACUGCUACCGGGGCAUCUGUGGACAUUGAUGAAGAUAGCAGAAACAUUGAUGACAGAGAUCAGCAAACAAAUGACGAAGCUGUUCCACUAGACCUGGACUUAAAUUUGGUAUCAAAUUUGCUGGAAUCGUUAAGUUCUCAGUCUGGACUCGCAGGACCUGUGUCAAAUAUUCUGCAAAGUAUGGGGGUAACUCUGCCGAAAAAUGUGGACAAACAGUAGCACCAUUUAUUCCUAUUUUUAUUAACAAGCUGUGGAUAAAUCUGUCAAUGUUAUACAUUUACUUGGGCCACAGAAUGAAGGUGGUCUAUGAUACUCUUGAAAUCUGAAGAGGACUACUGUGACUCCUGGUGUACAUAGGUCAGCACACCCACUGUACCCAGACUCCUUAUAAAAUGUUAACAAAAGAGCAGUGCUGCCUUUUGCUGUAUUAUUUUCUCUUUUUCUGUCUUAUAUAUUUGUGAUAUACACAUCAUACAGAGCAAUCCUCAUCCUGAUUGUGUAUCUCAAAUACCAUAUGAGGGGGAUUUUACUAUGUCAACAUCAUUGCCUCUUACAGUAACUAAUGGUUCAUUUCAGUUCAAUAUUGCUUUUAGUUCUGUGUUUUUCCUCUGUUUUUAGUAAUAUUAAUUAUGGAAUCUGAAAUUGAAUACAAAAGGAUUAUAUUACAACUUUGUAUUUUCAAUAUGAAAUGCCUAGUAAAAAAUUUAUAAAUUUGUGGAUGUUGA